UCCUCAGCCGCUACAGGUCACAUUCUCUUGGCGAGUUCAUGACCCCCAACGCUCGCGCCCCUCCGCGGUACAUCAGCACCGGGGUUAAAGUCUCCACACUCUCACGUGGCCAGCGUUGACGUCCUCCGUGUUCAGGGCCUUUAAGUAAGGACAGACAGGUUCCUGAGCGGAGCGCUGGUGACCUGUGCAGCUCACCCUCACACUUGCGAGUCACCCGCUCAGCGUGAACGCGCGGCGCCAGGUGCGGCGACAUGGUGCGGCGGGUGGCUGUGGUCGGAGCCGGUUGCUCUGGACUCGCCUGCGUCAAGAUCUGCGUGGAAGAGGGUCUGGAGCCGGUCUGCUUCGAGAGCACUGAUGAUAUUGGAGGACUCUGGAGGUUUAAGGAUUCACGUGAGAAGGAGCAGCCGAGCAUUUACCGAUCUCUGGUCACCAACACCUCCAAAGAGAUGAUGUGUUUCAGUGACUUUCCCAUGCCAGACCACUUCCCCAACUACCUGCACAACACCCAGGUGCUGCACUACCUGCGACUCUUUGUCCAGCACUUCCACCUGCUCAAGUAUUUCCAGUUCCAGACCCGAGUUAAAAAUGUGGUCCCGAGGCCGGACUUCUCUGAGUCGGGUCAGUGGGAAGUUGUCACCACGAGCAGCAGCGGCGAAGAGACGAGACACAUUUUUGACGGAGUGCUGGUGUGUUCAGGACAGUACAACCGCCCUGCUGUUCCCCUGACAGACUUCACAGGGUACGCAACCUUUGCUGGCCAAUGUCUUCAUAGCUGGGAGUACAAGGACGCGGAAGCCUUCCGGGGGAAAAGGGUGGUGAUCGUGGGCAUUGGCAACUCGGGCGGCGACAUCGCCGUGGAAGUGAGCAGGGUGGCAUCAAAGACAUUUCUCAGCACACGCAAGGGUGUGUGGGUCAUGGGCCGGACGCUGACCCGAGGACUCCCGGUGGACCUGACCUCCAUAACCAGACUCAACAACAUCCUAACUAAUCUGCCUGUCAGAAGCCUGGUCAACAGCUGGAUAGAGGGCAAGCUGAACCACACCUUCGACCACGGUCUGUACGGCCUGAAGCCAGCAUACAGGUUCAUGGACAGAAAACCGCUGAUCAACGACGACCUCCCAGGCCGAAUUCUACAGGGCGCGCUAGUCGUGAAGCCGAACGUGAAAGAGUUCAACGGGUCUGCAGUGUUAUUUGAGGACGGAAGUGAAGAGAAGGACGUGGACGCAGUGGUCUUUUGUACGGGCUACCGUGCUGCCUACCGCUUCUUACCCGUGAGCCUGACUGAUGGGCCUGCUCAUGAGCUUCAGCUGUACAGGAAAAUGUUUUUUCCUGCCUUACACCCCCCAACACUGGCAGUCAUGGGGCUCUUCCACGUGAACGGGCCCAACAUGCCGAUAAUGGAGCUACAGGCUCGCUGGGCUGUCAAGGUCUUUACAGGUCUGAGUCGCCUCCCGUCAAAAGACGAAAUGCUGGCGGUUAUCGCACGUGACAAGAGCAUGUACACAAGGUCCUGGCGUUUAGACUGGGAUCAUUUUCAGGUCAAGUGUGACAUUCGUCUGCCUUUGCUCUGCAGCUAUCCGGACUGUGAGGCUUCCCUGCGGGUGGAGUACAUACCUUACAUGGACUUCUUGGCCGGAGAGAUCGGCGUCCGACCCAACCUUCUGAGGCUUGUGCUGACGGAUCCCACGCUGUGGUUGAAGGUCUUCUUCGGACCCUGCACUCCGUUCCAGUACCGCCUCUGUGGCCCCGGACGAUGGGCCGGAGCCCGUCAGGCUAUCUUGACUCAGUGGCACAGAGUGGCCGAGCCAUUCAGAGGUGGAGUGCGACUAGAACCAGAGGAGACACAAGGGUUCCACGUGACUCCCUGGCUGCUCAGGAUUGGAGUGUUGCUGAUUGUGGCUCACGUUCUGUCCAAACAUAAAAGCAUCCUCAUGCUGCAGGUCCGACUCACUCAGUGUCUGGACCAGUUGCGGGGGGUUGCUUAAGAUGGCCUGGAUAUUUAUUUUUGUUCAGUAUAUAUUAUACCCUGCCUCCUCCACACUCAUUUUAAAUGAUUAUUUUUAAGGUGCCUUUUACUUCUUCCCCUUCUGCAUAGCACUGUGAUGCAUCGUAUCUUCGCUCAAGCAGAGCAGUCUGUCUUCAGUGAGCUGGGUCUGCCUCUGCAAUAUAGUCCAGUAUCUUCUGUCUCCUCCAGCUUGAACUGCAUAACAUCAGCAACAUUGUUGGCUGCCAAGUUAUAAUUCAUGCCCCACAUCCUGAGUGGGUGACACAGAUUGAUGCCUAUCAUCUUGCAGUACUUGUCACAACUUGAAUAAAAACAGA